AGAUUCGAUUCCAUAGGAUUCUUCUUCUAUCGACACUUUUACCUUUACACGUUUAUUACGAUUUCUUCUCGGCGAGAGGGAAUUAGGAUUAUCUCUUUCAGUCGUCGUCGUCGUCGAAGAUUCCAAUCAGCUUCACAGGGUUUUUCCUGUCUCGGUUCUUCAAAUUUUGGGCAUUCUGAUCUGUCUUUGAUUCGACAAAAGGGAUCUUUUUUAAAAGACAAUGGAAGCUAAUGUUGACUCUGCUAAUGUUGUUUCAAGUUCUCCAAUUGAUCAAGAAGAAUCGACUGAGAACAACUUUGUGAACAAUGCUGAGAUUGCGUGGCAAGAGUUGAGAAAGAAGUGGGUCGGUGAUCCAUCUAAUAGGACUUCAGAGAUGCCUCUUGAACCUGUAAUCAGCUUCAACGCUACUUAUGAAGAAUUGCUCACAUCCACCACUCCUUUUCAGAAGCCCAUCCCUCUAGCUGAAAUGGUGGAUUUUCUGUUUGAUAUUUGGCACGGGGAUGGCCUCUUCGAGUAGGUAACACCGAGAGGGGGGAUUCUCAGUAGUAUUCUUGGUACAGAAUUUAGUUGCAGGCUCUAAUGAUCAAAAUUCCAGUAUCUUUGAGAAGAUACUCUGAUCUUGUUUUUCAUUGACAUACCAUGAACGUAUAUAUAUAAAACUAAUUUUUAAUUAGGUGUUUUUGAGAUUCUCUUCCAUGAGACAAUUCACUAAAAAACAAAGCUAGGAUCACGCUUUUGGUUGAUUAUCUUAUUCUAUAAGAGAGUUCGACUAACAUAAAGAUGCCAUUUUGGUUGAUUUAAUGAUGCUUGUUCACCACCUUGUGAUA